AUGAAACUUCGACAUCUUCUCAAAAAGACCAAACCUACACUUCAGUACGAAAUAAGAAAGAAAAAACCCACUACAACUAAACAAUUUCUUGAAUAUGCUAAAGAAUCGGAGGAACUUCUUCAAUUAGCUAAUAUCAAUACUGAGAUUGAUACAUAUGAUCGUAAUAAUUCUAAUACCACUAACCAAAUAGCAUCAACUAUAACAUCACCACAACCAAAUGCUUCAAAUUCACGUAUUGAUUCCACUCCCUUUCCUAUCUAUGAUAGAAAAGCGAACUAUAAUAAUUACUAUAAUAGUAAUAAAUUUAACAACAAUCGAAGUAGCGAUUAUAAUUUUCAUUCUUCUCAGCCAUUUAAUUCAUCUCGAUCAUCUAAUUCUUUCAAUUCAUCUUUUCGACGAAAUAAUUCAUCCUAUCUCUCUCACCAACCAGCGAAAUCUAAUCAACAAUUCUAUUCUAAUAUUCAACGUACAAACAAUGAUUUUCGCCCAGUGUCAUCUAAUAAUCAAUAUAAAUCAUCAUAUCCACAUAAUAUUAACACCAAUAAUUCUAAUCAAGCUAAUAACCAGAGACAUCAAGUUAAUAAUAUCACCGAGAACCAUACCGCACCAUCUCCUCAACCUACACCACUUUUGUCAAAUUUUGACAUGUAUACACAAUGUCUAGAGACAGAACAUCAGGCAUCUGGGUGCUCAUUUAACGAUCAUAAUAUGCAAAUAUUGAUUGAUACUGGAGCCACCAAUACUUUCAUCAAUUAUAAAACAUUACAAUCUAUUAAUCAAUCCACAAAUCUAAAUAAACAUUCCUCUUCUUUUGUUCUUGCUGAUGGUAUCGCCCCAUUUCAUGUUCUAGGUGUAGUUAAAUUACAAAUAUUAUUUUCUGAUCAAAUAACAACAAUAUCUGCUCAUGUAGCUCAAAAUCUAUGUACUGAUGUAAUCUUAGGUAUGGAUUAUAUAACCCUAUACAAUCUUAAGUUUAAUAUUCGUAAACAAAUAGUUUCUAUUGACUUGAAUAAUCGUCAGUACCAAAUGAAAAUCAAUCAGAAUGUGCAAACCGAAUUUAUCCCUGUUACUCUAUCCGAUUCCUUAUAUAUUCCGCGUCAAUCAAAUCGUUUUGCUAAAGUAUCUAUUCCUAUUUCAUCCAUCAGUUCACAUUUCAUUCCUUAUUAUCGAUUUUCUCUAUGUAAUACGUCAUUUAUCCCACAUAAGUUUCUUGAAUUUCGUAAUCAUUUUUCCCAUGUUACAUUUUCUAAUACUUCACCUCGACCACAUUUUGUCCCUCGGGGAACUCGUAUUGGAUAUCUAUGUCAUUAUGCUAUUACUCAACCUAGUACAAAACGCGUUAAUCAUUGUAAGAAGUCAUGUGGUGUCACCAAUGAACUUUGUGAAUCACCAGAUUUUCAUGCUUCAAAUAAUAAUACGUGUACGAAUAAUCAAAUUCAAGGCCCUCUCUGUUGUGCUACAGUUAACCAAAUCCAUCCCUCAACUGAAAGAGAUAUUCAUCAGUUAAUUAGUAAAAUACAUGCUAAACUAGUAGCUGAAUCUCAUUCUCCGUAUGCGGCACCCGCCUUCUUAGUUAAAAAACAUGAUGGUACACAUCGUUUUGUAGUUGACUAUAAGAAGUUAAAUCUAAUCACCAUCAAAGAUUCGUCACCCUUACCAAACAUGGAAGAUACUAUACAAAAAUUAGGGCAGGGUUAUAAAUAUUUCUCUAAAUUGGAUCUUAAAUCUGGUUUCUAUCAAAUCCCUAUCAGAGAAGCUGAUAAGGAAAAAACUGCUUUCACCACUCCAUUCGGUCUUUUUCAAUUCAAUGUCCUUCCAAUGGGACUUAAGAAUUCCCCACCUACUUUCCAGAAAGUUAUGACUAAUGUAUUAACACCCUGUCGUCAAUUUGCUAUCGUUUAUCUCGAUGACAUAAUUGUCUUUUCCGAAACAUAUGAUGAUCAUAUUUCACAUUUAACCCAAGUAUUCAUAGCCUUAAGUAACAGAAAUUUCGUUUUAAAUCCACCUAAAUGUGUUCUAUUAGUAUCAAAAAUAAAUUACCUAGGUCACACGAUUAGCGAGAAGGUAGUUACACCUAUGAAAGAAAAAGUACAAGCAAUCCUUGAUAUUAAGGAACCCCGUCUUUUAUCCCAAGUCAAUAAGUUUCUUGGUGCUCUCAGUUGGCAUCGUAAGUUCUUACCUAAUUUUGCCACUAUCGCUGCCCCCAUACAUGCUGUAACAAAUCUCACUAAAAAUAAUCGCCAUAAAUUUCAUUGGAGAUUUGCACAAAAACAAGCAUUUAAACAGCUUAAAGAAAUUUUAAUAUCUACACCACUCUUUUUACAUUUUCCUAUAGCCGAUAAACCUUUAAUCUUAACAACAGAUGCUAGUGGCAUUGGUAUAGGAGGCGUAUUACAACAAGAAGUAGAUGGAUAUUUACAUAAUUUGUACUAUCAUUCUCAAUUAUUGACGCCUUGUGAGAGAAAGUAUAGCACCAUAGAAAAGGAAGCGCUCGCUAUAUAUAAAUGUUUUGUCCGUAUGAGACCACUUCUGUUAGGCCGCCAAAUCACGAUAAUGACUGAUCAUUGUCCAUUAUGUCAUAUAAUGACAAAAACAGUUAACAAUGCAAGAGUAGAUCGAAUUUCAACGUUAAUUCAAGAAUACAAUAUUGACAGAGUAGUUCACAUUCAUGGACGUCAGAAUUGUUUACCUGAUUAUUUGUCUCGAUAUCCCCGUGAACAAAAUGAUGAACUAUUUGAUAUUGAAUAUGGACUUGACAGUAAAACAGAUUCUGCACCAAUAAUAUCUUCAACAAAUAAUAUAGUAGCUAGCAUGACCUUACGCCCACGCAACAAUAGAGGAAAUCAUGGAGUUGGGGAGAUAAAUUACUUCAGUUUUUGA